CCCACGAUUGGCUGGCUUUCCUCACCAUGGAGUCACGCCGCUGAAGCGGAUUAGGGCGGAGGGGCCUGCGCGCGGAGCUGUCUUGCCGUGCAGCGGGGUUGGCUUUUCGCGUCGGUUUGCAGGCGGUCUGUGAUGGCGGCCGUCGGUGAGCAGAGCCUGAGUGCGGCGGCGCAGGUUAUGUCCGUUCCCGACAGCACUGCCGGUUCUCCCGAGGCCGAGCGAGGAGUGGGAGCAGAUGGCGAAGAGAAGGACGCCGCCACUAAAGGGCCGGAGGCCGUUGGGGACAGCGAGGAGGAUGCGGAGGAUGUGUUCGAGGUGGAGAAGAUCCUGGACAUGAUGUGCGAGGGAGGUAAGACCCUUUAUAAAGUUCGGUGGAAAGGAUAUACAUCUGAUGAUGAUACCUGGGAGCCUGAGGUUCAUCUGGAGGACUGUAAAGAAGUUCUUCUUGAAUUUAGGAAUAAACUUGCCGAGAACAAAGCCAAAGCUGUCAAGAAAGAUAUCCAGAGACUAUCUUUAAGCAGUGACAUAUUUGAGGCGGACUAUGAAAGCGAACAGCAGAGUGACACAGAAGAACAUACUUCACCAAGGAAAAAGAAGAAAAAAAUAAAGUGCAAAGAGGAGAAAAGUUCAGAUGAUCUGAGCAAAAAAAAAGCAAAAGUUGGAAAACUAAAAGAUAAUUUAGGUUUUGAUGUAAGGACAAAGAAAAGAAUUUUGGAAGUAAAGGAAGAAUUAAAGGACACCAAAAAGCCCAAAAGAGAUGAAAUAAAGGAAAUCAAGGAAUUAAAGAAAGCUAAAAGGGCUGAAUUACGAGAUCUAAAGCUUAAAAUAAGAGACAAUCUCAAAGACAACCGCAAAACAAAGAAAGAGAGAUAUAUUGGAUCUCUCCUGGAGUCUGAAUCACCUACACUUAAUGAUUCCUUCUUUCCAGAGGAUGACAGUGAAGACUUUUUUUCUGACAACAGAGAAGAGAAUCAAAAAAUAAGAACUGUAAAAGAUAAAACAGGACAGGAUACAGUGCAGGAGGGUAUUUUUGAGAAACACUUGGAUGACCUUGUAAGUGCUGAGGAGGAUGCUGGUGGCCGAGUUAAAAGGAAGAAGAAAAAACCAAGGAAGUUGGAGGAACCCAAAGAGAUCAACAACCUAGAAAACAUGAACACCGUUUUAGAAAGGAAAACCAUACCUAAAAAGCAAAAAAAUCAAGACAAAGGCAGAAGUAACGUAGAGUUAAAUAAGUUACCAUCACCUGUGUCUGCCCAAACCCUGAAGAGUUCCAGACUGAGUGGGGAUGAGAAGGGCCUAAGGUCCUCUGACUCGGCAGAGGAGGAGAAAGAAGCCAGAAAAAAUGAACCCAAAGAAAAAUGUCAGAAAAGGUAUGAUUUGAUCAAAGAAGAAAAAGGCAGAAUGGAGCCAAAGGGAUUAAAAUCAUUUAAAGAAAUCAGAAGUGCAUUUGAUUUAUUUAAAAAAACAACAGAAGAUAAAAAUGAUGUUCUUGAGAAUAAUUGGAAAAGAGAAGAAAUACCACUGGAUUAUAAAACUACAGAUGAUUCCAAAACCAAGGACAAGUGUUCACUUAAAGAAAGAAGAACGGCUAAAGAUGAGACUGACACUUGGGCACACAUAGCUGCAGAGGGGGAUCAGGAAGCUGCAGACAGUGUGUGCCAAACAGAUGAGACUUCUGAUGGCAGGCAACAGGUUUUGAGUUUGGGUAUGGACCUGCAGUUGGAGUGGAUGAAAUUAGAAGAUUUUCAGAAGCAUCUUGAUGGGUCAGAUGAGACCUUUACCACAACAAAUAAGAUUACAAGCAAUUUGUUGAGGGAUGCCGUGAAAAAUGGAGAUUAUAUUGCUGUGAAGGUCGCACUGAACUCCAAUGAAGAGUACAACUUGGAUCAGGAGGAUUCUAGUGGGAUGACACUAGUGAUGUUGGCUGCAGCAGGAGGGCAGGACGACCUCCUGAGACUCCUUAUUACCAAAGGUGCAAAAGUGAAUGGGCGCCAGAAAAAUGGGACUACAGCCCUCAUUCAUGCUGCUGAGAAGAACUUUCUAACCACUGUGGCUAUUCUUUUGGAAGCUGGAGCUUUUGUAAAUGUCCAGCAAAGCAAUGGUGAGACUGCGCUCAUGAAAGCAUGCAAAAGAGGAAAUUCGGACAUUGUGCGCCUUGUGAUUGAAUGUGGAGCAGACUGCAACAUUUUGUCAAAGCACCAAAAUAGUGCAUUGUAUUUUGCAAAGCAGUGUAACAAUGUGCUUGUGUACGAACUGCUGAAGAGCCACUUGGAGAUGCUUUCGAGAGUUGCAGAAGAAACAAUCAGGGACUAUUUUGAAUCUCGCCUUGCUCUACUAGAACCUGUUUUCCCCAUAGCAUGUCAUCGGCUCUGUGAGGGGCCAGAUUUCUCAACGGAUUUCAAUUACAAGCCCCCUCAGAACAUACCAGAAGGCUCUGGUGUUCUGCUCUUUAUUUUCCAUGCAAACUUUCUGGGUAAAGAAGUCAUUGCUCGGCUCUGUGGACCAUGCAGUGUACAAGCUGUAGUUUUAAAUGAUAAAUUUCAACUUCCUGUUUUCCUGGAUAGUCACUUUGUCUACUCGUUCAGCCCUGUGGCCGGACCCAAUAAGCUGUUUAUAAGGUUGACUGAAGCACCCUUUGCCAAGGUGAAAUUGCUAAUAGGUGCAUACAGAGUGCAGCUGAACUGACCAAAGGACUGAGACCAGGCUUCUUUCUGCUGU